GAAGGGGCCAGCCUUCAAGCAACAUCGAGGCAAGAUGGCAGCCACCACUGGCUCGGGAGUAAAAGUCUCUCUCAAUUUCCGACUGUUGGAAGAACUUGAAGAAGGCCAGAAAGGAGUAGGAGAUGGCACAGUUAGCUGGAGUCUGGAAGAUGACGAAGACAUGACACUUACAAGAUGGACAGGGAUGAUAAUUGGGCCUCCAAGAACAAUUUAUGAAAACCGAAUAUACAGCCUUAAAAUAGAAUGUGGACCUAAAUACCCAGAAGCACCCCCCUUUGUAAGAUUUGUAACAAAAAUUAAUAUGAAUGGAGUAAAUAGUUCUAAUGGAGUGGUGGACCCAAGAGCCGUAUCAGUGCUAGCAAAAUGGCAGAAUUCAUAUAGCAUCAAAGUUGUCCUGCAAGAGCUUCGGCGCCUAAUGAUGUCUAAAGAAAAUAUGAAACUCCCUCAGCCACCCAAAGGACAGUGUUACAGCAAUUAAUCAAAAAGAAAAACAAUAGGCCCUUCCCCUUCCCCCCCAUUUGAUUUAAGCAGUCUUCAUUUUCCACAGUAGUAAAUUUUCUAGAUACAUCUUAUACACCUCAAAGUACUGGAAAGGAAGCUCCCAUUCAAAGGAAAUUUAUCUUAAGAUACUGUAAAUGAUACUAAUUUUUUGUCCAUUUGAAAUAUAUAAGUUGUGCUAUAACAACA